UCACUGACAGUGCAAAGGGAGAUGGACUCGCGGCGGCGGCUGCUACCGCACUGAAAGGAUGUGGCGCUUCCCUCUGAAGAAGAUCCGCAAACAGUUCAAACUGCUCCUACUGCUCGUCCUGCUCACAUUCGGCAUCUGGUUCACAUACCUGCACAUCGCGGUACUCAAGAGCGGCAGAGCACUCAAGCUGCACCUUGCCUACGGACGCGAUGCAGAGAAGCUGAAUGAGGCCACAGAUACCGGCAGGAGGGCUGGCUCUAUCCAUGCUGCGUCCGACCAGAGAAAGAUUGACGACUCCAGUGACAGUCAGGAAGAGGAACAGAUGCUAGAUUCGUCGAGCAAAAAUGGUAGACCUUCCCAAGGUGAAGUUCACGGGUACCCAAGAGGAUCCAGACAGACUUUGAACUUGACGCAAGAAUGCUUGCUAUGGAAGCCAGAGUACAAAGGCAAAGUAAAUCUUCAUGUUUUCGAGGACUGGUGUGGAUCUUCAAUUUAUCAGCUGCGGAAGAACAUUCAUUUUCCACUAUAUCCUCAUACACGUACCUCAGUGAAUAAAAUUGCUGUUUCUCCGAAGUGGAAGAAUUAUGGGCUUCGGAUAUUUGGCUAUAUACACCCCUACAAAGAUGGUGAUUUCCAGUUUGCAAUCGCAUCCGAUGAUAAUUCCGAGUUUUGGCUCAGUUCUGAUGAGAGUCCUGCAAAUGCCAGGCUGCUGAUACAUGUGGGCAAGCUGGGUACAGAGUGGGCUGCUCCAGGCGAGUUUACUAAGUUCAGAUCUCAAGUUUCCAAUCCAGUCCAUGUUAUUUCUGCACGAAGAUACUAUUUUGAGGUGCUUCAUAAACAAGAUGAUAGAGGAUCUGAUCAUGUGGAAGUGGGGUGGCGACCAUUCCUUCCUGAAGUGAAGUUUGAAAUUAUCGAUUCACCGCACAUCUCUCUAUACACAGAGGAGUCUUCAUUGAAGAUGAACAGUGUGGAUCACAUCCCACAAACCCUUGCGAGUCAUGGAGGAGGUCGAAAGCUGCUGCACAGGGAGCUACAUGCAGCAGACAUGCUCAAGCCCGAUCCCAGGGACACUUUCUUCCUGACUCCACCAAUAGAUCCAUCACGGGUGAAACACGUUCUCCCAACCUGUCUAUACUUACCAACUUACAUCGUGAAGGACUUUCCAAUUGCCCGUUAUCAAGGACUCCAGUUUGUCUACCUAUCUUUUGUCUACCCGAAUGACUACACCAGGCUCACUCACAUGGAAACGGAAAAUAAAUGCUUCUACCGCGAGAGCCCCUUGUAUUUGGAGAAGUUUGGAUUCUACAAGUACAUGAAGAUGGAUGAGGAGAACAAACCUUUCUUGUUUGAUAACCCAGAGGAUUUCCCUGAAGAAUCAGAAGGAGUUGAUACAGAACCUAUACUAAACAGCAGCAAGAUGACGUGGAACAAGGAGGACCUUAAGGAAAGAGGAAAUACCAGCCUGUUUCAGAGCCAGUUGGUCACAAAGAGGAAGCUCCUGCCACUGUCUGAAGACAACAGGGAUGACUUUGACUACGUGGACAGCCACAAAAGAAAGACCACGACCAAGGACUUACACAUCAUGAAACCACAGCAAAAGGCCUUGCAUCCAAUUCUUCAAGAAAAUGAUAUGUCCCCAUCAGCUAUAGCCGACAACAAUCAGGAAAUGGGCCUCUUUCACAAACCAAAACACAGACGAAGUAGGUCACUAACCUGGGCUAAAUUUAACCCAGAGGAGUCGAAUAAAAAACCAGCCAGCCAAUCCAAACUCAGUAAGAGUAGCUUGUUCAACUUGCAGUCAGAGAUUUCCAUUGCACUCAUCCCCAGUAAAACCAAGCAGUUUUUGAGUAAUACUGCUCACAUAGGCGUCCAUAAAAAGAGACUUGGUGAGCCCAAGAAGCUACAGAAUAAAAUCUAUGUGACUAGACCCCAGCAGAAGAAAAAUACAUUGCUUACAGAAAAACCUAGGGAAUUGUUUCCUGGAGUGUACUUGCACACCAAUGCCAGAAAUAAUGAACUGCAGGACCUGAGCUCGAUAAAGAACUUGACUUCCAUUGCAAAAGGGAAAAAGACAACACUAUACCUCACUAAUAAAAUGUUUUUGUUAAGGAACACAACAUCUCAGGAGCAGGAGGUGCACGAUGCUAAUAAUGAUUCUUUUCAGGUUCCAACAAUUAAAAAGGUGAAGAGGAACUGGAAGGCACUGCAAAGGAAACAGGAACAGAUUAGGGAUGACAUGAACAGACGCAAUGUUACUGCAACACCUCGUGUAUACUUUACGCAUGAGGAAAAUGUGGACAAGGAAGAUUUUACCCUUCCUAUUCACAAAAAGACAAAUGGACUUAAACCAACAUCCUUUGCUCCCGAAAAUUUUUCUGAAGAGACAACCUACUGGAAGGCUGGUGACUUGAGUGAAUCCCAGCAAAUUUAUAAUGAUCAGUUUGAGGCAACCGAUGAAGGACUGUCAGAUUACAGUUAUGAGGAUACUGAGUCUCAGCAGGGCUGGAUGGAGGAAUCCAUAAACUGGCAGCGAACAUUCAGUGUCAGCUCCAUGGAUUUUGAGCUCUUGCGGUCAGACUGGAAUGACCUCAGGUGCAAUGUUUCUGGCAACCUGCAAAUGAGUGAGAGUGAGGUGGUGGAUGUUUUAGCGCAGUACAUGGAGAAGCUGAAUGAAAAAAAUGGCGGGAUUUAUACACUACUGCGGAUCAUUAACGUGGAAAAGCGAAGGGAUUCUGCUCGUGGCAAUAGGUACCUUGUUGAACUGGAGCUGAUGGAGAAAGGAAAGAAGGUGGUCCGAUUGACAGAGUACAUCUACCUCUUGCUGCACAGAAGCAAACAAGAUGAUGGGAUUGAAGUAACAACAGAACUGCAGGAUAAGGAGCCCACUCAGCAGGAUGUCCCAUAUUCCAAACCUCUACUGUGCCAACCAAUUGGUUUACAUAUGAGAUCCAGUGUCAUGGUGCAUUUUGUAGUUCCAGUAAAGAACCAGGCCCGUUGGGUGCAGCAGUUCAUUACAGAUAUGGAAGAUCUCUACAAGACAACAAAAGAUGAAAACUUCAACAUUAUCAUCAUUGAUUUUGACAGUAGUGACAUGGAUGUGGAGGAGGCCUUGAAGAACAGCAGACUUCCUCGGUAUCAAUAUUUGAAACGCACAGGGAGCUUUGAGCGCUCAUCUGGGCUCCAGGCAGGAGCAGAUGCAAUAGAGGACAGCCAUACGAUUCUUUUCCUGUGUGAUCUUCACAUCCAUUUCCCUAUCAGUAUCAUAGACAACAUUAGAAAGCACUGUAUAGAAGGAAAACUGGCAUAUGCCCCCAUUGUGAUGCGACUUGGCUGUGGCAGCUCCCCCAGUGAACCUGAUGGGUACUGGGAAGUGAACGGAUUUGGUCUGUUUGGAAUCUUUAAAAGCGAUUUUGACAAGAUUGGAGGAAUGAACACAGAGGAAUUCCGGGAUCGUUGGGGUGGAGAAGAUUGGGAGCUACUGGACAGAGUUCUUCAGAGUGGCCUUGAGGUGGAACGAUUGCGCCUCAGGAACUUCUACCAUUAUUUUCACUCCAAGCGAGGGAUGUGGGUUUCUCAGGCCAAGAAAACAACAAAUAAACCAAAUGAAGGUUGAAACUUUCUCUAUGCACUUUAAAACAAGAUCAACCAGAGGAUGCAUGCUGCACAGGCAAUCUAACUGAUGACCAAGCCCUGUGUGGGAACAUUUUUUGACAGAACACUUGAUUCAUUCAAAUCACACUUUGUUAUCCAUAUCUUGUUUAUUUCGCUCUCACUGGUGUUUCCAAAAGUUCUGAUAUUUUUUCCAGCUGCUGGUUAGUACAGAAUUACUAAUGAAACUCACAGAAGGCAGGGAAAGAAAAACAAGAGAGUAAAGGACUUCAAGAUUGAACAUUGGAAACUUCUGCAACUGAGACAUUCUGAUCUUUGUUAUCAUCUUGGACAUUCUGACUCCACUCUUUGCCAUAAAAUUUUACAGCUUAUGGACAUUUACAUCACCCAGAUCUGUGGCCCAUUCAAUUGCAGUUGUUUUUUUUUGUCAACACAAGUUUAGUGUGUUCUGUAUUUAACCAGUAAUAAUAGUUCCAGCAGGCUACUCUCAGCUGU